AUGGACGCUGCCGCUUUGAAGCCGUUUACUCGGGCUCUCACUUGCUUGUCAAAGUAUGGCGACGAUCUGAACAUCUACGCUUCUCCCGAUAAGCUCGCGCUGACGACGACCAAUUCCUCGAGGACUGCACACACGAGCGUUACUUACGGCCGGAGGUAUUUCACGCGUUAUGUCAUUAGCGACGACAAAAAUAAAGGCAAAGGCAAAGCAAAGGCGACCGGCGAUGAUGCCGACGACGGCUCGGAGAUCGUCGCGGGACAGCUACUGACCAAGUCGCUUCUUUCCAUCCUGAAACACCGGAACGUGGAGAAGACGGUGGAGCGCUGCGAACUGUCCGUAGUGGAGGGCGCCCCACCGACACGCGCGGGCGAGGAAGCCCCCGACGACGACCACGAUUCCCUCGAGAGCAAGCUUAUCAUCCGGCUACACUGUAAACACGGCAUCGUGAAGACUCAUCGUCUCGUCCUCCUCGUGCCGUCAGCUUACCGCGAUCCGCUACAACCUGAUCCCUCAAUUGUAUCGCGGCUUACGAUAGGCCCGAGGACGGUCAGAGAUAUCAUCGAACACUUCCCAUCGGCAAAAGUCACCGGCAAGAAUGACCCUCAGCUGGUGUGGCAGUUUGAGCACGAUGAAGUGAUUGUGAAGAGCGUCAACACCGGAGCGGACGGCAAAGCACAGUUGUCUACUCAGCUGAUGAUGACCGCGGAAGAAUUCGACGUAUACGAUCUCUUCCAAGUCCCUGUUGCCAUCGCAUUCCAUUUACGCGAGUUCAAUGCUACCAUCACAUUCGCCGAGUCCAUGUCUUUGCCUCUGCAUAUACGCUUCACCGACCCCACGGACCCGCUCUUCGUCGAUGUUACCGGAGAUAGACUAGACAUGGACGUGUCGUUCGCCAUCUGCACCAGCGAUUUUUCCGACACGUUGGCACAGCCCGCCACCGAGAAGAAGGCGCAGAAGCCCCAGGGCCAUGCGAACGACCCCCGUGGACCGCACGAAUCGAAGAAGUCCUCGUCUUCUUCUCGGGGACUCAAGCGCCCUCGGGAGGAGUCUCACUCUCGAAACGCAGACGCAGGCGCGGGAUCCCGCGAUGGUCUAGAUGACGAGAGUGCGCGUGUUCACGGUCGAGGCGCGUCCGUCCCCGCAGUAUCCGGCAGUGUGCGUAACGAUCCCGCGAGGGCCGUACGAGCGGACGCGGCGGACGUCGAGAAGUCGUAUGCCGUGCACGGCGCCACUUCUCAGUCGCGGCAUGGCAUCGCGAUACAGAUGUCGAUGCCGCCACCGUCAAUCCCUGCCCACCGUGGGCUACGCGCCGCUAGCGCGGGGCCGUCGCAGGCCCAGGAACCUCUGUUCCUGCCUGGGACGCAGUUGUCACAGGCAGAAGAGUUGGUCAUACGCGAGUCUGGGCUGGGCAUCCUGGACAUGAACCAGGACGAGCUCGAUCAAAUGCUAGAAGGCGAUGGCGAAGAGGUUAUCAGUCACCGCUCUCGCGCUCGGACCCCGGCGCAGGAAAGUGCGGGGAGGGACGACACGACUGGGAAUCUCGAAGGAUUCGCGUGGCACGCGGAGUUGGGACAGGCUGACGCUGCUGACGAUCUGUACAUGGACGCGGGUCCCGACGCAGGCGACGAUGGAUCCGUCACGUCACACUGUAUGCGCGUUGACGGGGACGACGUGCUGGAAGAGUCGCAGUCGGAAGCGCAACAGCCGCCCGAUUCUGAUGAGGAAGGGGAAACGAAGACGGUCUUGUUUCGACCUCUGUUCGAGGACUAG